AUGCCGCACAUGCGUGAGGUCAAGACGUGCGACCGUUGUCGCCAUUUCAAGCGGCGGUGCGACCUGCUGAAGCCGUCGUGCACUCGGUGCGUCCAGGCUGGCGUGCGAUGUAGCUUCGAAGCUAACGGUAUCACCGGCGGCGGCCCUUCCUCCAUCUCCUCCCUCUCCCCGACCCAGACCUCGGACGAGGUGGGGUUUAGGGCCGACAGCUCGACGCCCGGCGCUGGCAACGGCUUGAUUUCGCCCUCCACCUCGACGGAAGAUGCCGACUUCGUGAACCGUGCCGCCUCCCUCUCCGUGUCAGGCGAUCCUACAGCUACCGGACCCGAAGAGGGCGAAGGGGGCGAUGAGGAGGGCGACGGGGACGGCGAGGGCGAAGGGCCCGCGAGCGCUGCUGCGCCAGCUCCUGCUCCUGCCAAGCCACCCAAGGUCGUGCGCAAGCGGAAACGCAAUUGCCUGAGCUGUCUACGAUGCCAUCGCCUCAAGGUGAAGUGCGACAAGGAGCUGCCUUGCGGACGAUGCAAGUCGAGCGGCAAUGGGCGCGAGUGCUACUAUAGCUACAACAAGGGACCCAAUGGAGGCAAGUUCCCUUGUCCUACCGUCACCCCAACCUCGAACACAAGAUCUGGGGGCGAUAUUACAAAGUCGACUCAGGCGACAUGGCAUGUCAGUCAUGAGCCUCGUGGUGCGAGCCAUUGGAGAGAUCUGAUGACCAAGAUCGGUGCUUUGACGACAAAGGAAUCCCCCCCUCUCGCCGCCGCCCUUGAGAAUGUUGCGACCAAUGCCUGCCUUGCGAACUUUACACUCCCUGGGAACUUCCCUUUUGGAACACCUGGUGCAACAAAGUACUACUCCCGCGAUGCCGUGAUACGCCUCAUUGAAAGCGAACGACCGAGAGCCCAGAUAUACAUUGACAGGUACAUCAACUUGUUGGACUGCGUCAACCCGAUUGUCGAUGUACCCCAGUUCAAGCUCGAGGUAGAAAGCUACUGGGAGAACCCCGACACUGUCACCCUUGACUGGCUGGCACAAUUGCUCAUGGUUAUGGGCCUUGGUGCAUUUGCCACGCCAGAGGAGCCAAGUAUUGCGACCGAAUUGAUGAUGGGUGCUGAGGCCUGUAUCAUGCAGACACCCUUCAUGUUCCGUCCGACAUUUACCUCGCUCAAAGCCAUGUGUCUUGUCGUUGUGGCUAAGCAAGUGUGCAACCCAACCUGCUGGUUCACCGAUUCGUGCUGGUCACUGCUGGGGCUUCUCGUGCGGAUGUCGUUCAUCUAUGGCCUCCCGCAAGAGACGAUUGAAAUUCGAGAUAAUGUCGAUCGAGGCACGAGGCGAAGACUUUGGCUCACCAUCAUUUAUCUCGAUAUCAAAAUCUCCAUGCCUACGGGAAUGCCACCGUUGACACGCCCGGACGAGCUUCGUUCGUUGAAGAGUUCCAUGCCGGAACUGGUUCAGACCGAUCCGCUGCAGCAGAUUCUGUCCGAGUCUCUACCGGCGGUUCUCUCAGUCCUUGUCCAAAUCAACUCGAGCAACGAUCAGAUUCCCUACGCCGAGGUACUGAGACACAAUGCCCAGAUCCGAAACCUGAUUGCCCAUGCCAAGCGUGUCAUUGCGCAUCCCCUUCAGCGUGUUACGGUGGAUAUUUAUCUCCGCCGUUGCCUCAUGGUCUUGCACCGGCCGUUCGCUCUUCACCUUGAGGGUCCCACCUUGUUCCCCGAGUCGUACUGGUCUUCCCUCGAGUGUUCGCUGGCCGUCCUGAUGCACUACCGCGACCUGUGGUCCGAGGACUUUAGCCUCCGCUAUGAUCUUGUCGGCCGUGCUUUCACAAUGGACUUCUUCUCGGCCGCCCUGCAAGCGUCGGUUCACGUCCUGAGAAAGGAUGCGCCACUCGCUGAUGAGGAGGCCAUAGGGUGCCAGAUCCCACCCAGACAGAUUAUUUUGGAAACACUGGAGAGCUGUAUUGAAAUCUGGGAUAGCGAGCAACAAAAGAGCGUGUGCUGGAGGACUGCUUAUGAUGUGCUUACGGCCAUUAUGAAACUCAUGCCAGAUGCUGAGUGA